AUGCCCCUCUCCAGCCUGUUUGCCAACGCAGUUAUAAGGGCACAGCAUCUUCACCUGCUUGCAGCUGAUACCUUCAAGGAGUUUGUGAGUAAUAGGACUCAGCUAUACAGCUGCAAAUAAAACGUUUUGAACGUGUUGGAAAGUGCAAUAUACAAAUGUGACAGUAGAUGGCGACAGCGAGCUAUGCCAAAUUCUGUGUCUUUUUCAAAACGUUUUUUAAAAAAGCAUUUUCACAGUGUUUUUUUAUAUGUGUGUAGAUUCCACCAUAGUGUACCAUUCAGAAAUGCAUCCAUUUGGUUUCUAUAUCAUCAUUCCUUCUGACAGCGGCUGAGUGACGCUCAGGCAUAAUUAUAACUUGGCUUGGCAGCCCCUUAUCCAGCCUCUACUUCACCUUUGCUCCUGGCUAAACAGUGGAUGGAGGAAGCAACCCUCGUAGCAUUUUGUGGCUUUUGUUUUUUGUUUGUUUGUUUGUUUACAGGAACGUUCCUACAUCUCAGAAGCCCAGCGGUACUCCAACAAAAACUCUCCGUCUUCGUACUGUUAUUCCGAAACCAUCCCUGCGCCCACAGGGAAGGACGAUGCCCAGCAAAGAACAGUAGGUUGCCUCCCUUGUUGCCUUAUUUUAUGGAAUUAGCAAAACAACAACAAACCUAUGGUUACGUGAAACAUACUCAAUAAACACACAAGACGUAACCGGCUGCACUUUUGAAUAAAUAAAGGUAUGCUAUUCAUUGUAUCAAAUUGUAGAUUUCAACGAAAAAAGCAGAAGACCCAGUGGGUCAGUUCAUUCUAUAGUCCGUUCAUGCCUAAGGUCCAUACAUGUAUAAGUGUCUAUUCCACCUGUCUGUUCAUAGAGUCCAAUAAUCCACAUGAAGGGUUGUUACAGUUCCACAGAAUCCUUUCACAGAGUCUAAAAUUAAUUUAAAUAAAUCCAUCCUGGUUUGAAAUGCAGAAUACUUGGGAGUAGGAACAAAACCUAGACCUAGAUUUAAUACUCGAGAUUCCUCUGGUUUUUAAAGUUCUAUCAGAUAAGUUAACCACUAAAGUGGUAUCUCGAUGUUCAGGAAUUAUUUCCUCCGAUAAGAUGCGCCAUUUGGAAAAAGACUGGUACGUUUGACCAGAUCUAAGUUCUCUGUCUUCAUCUGAUCCGUCUUGUGUGUUUAUUGAUUACAGUGGUGCCUCGCAAGACGAAAUUAAUCUGUUCCGCGAGAGUCUUCGUCUAGCGGUUUUUCGUCUUGCGAAGCAACCCUAUUAGCGGCUUAACGGAUUAGCGCUAUUAGCGGUUUAGCGGCUAUUAAAGGCUUAAAGGCUUAGAGGAUUAGCUGCUAAAAGGCUAUUAAAGGCUAUUAAAGGCUUAGCAGAUUAGAUAAAGGGGGGGGAAAGCGAAAAAAAAUCUCUAGACUCGCAAGACAUUUUCGUCUUGUGAAGCAAGCCCAUAGGGAAAUUCGUCCUGCGAAGCAACUCAAAAACGGAAAACCCUUUCGUCUAGCGGGUUUUCCGUCUUGCGAGGCAUUCGUCUUGCGGGGCACCACUGUAUUUUAUGGAAUGGCUGCAUCAAGGUGCAAAAUCUGGAAUUUCCGUGUUUUGUGUGUUUAGCUUCCCAUUGUCCCACUUGGCGAACAGUGGGGCAGCUCCCAACUUCUGCAACAAUACUUUACAAUCCCAUUUUCUCUCCAGCUGCCAUCUGAACAUAACUUGUCCCAAACAACGUAACUAUUCCAUCACUGAGGAAGGAAUGUUCCCAGCCAUUCGUGCCCAUUGAGAGAAUGCCCUCCGCCAGCUUUAUAAGCAUCAUCUGGCAUUCACUACUCUUUAGCAAGUUAUCAAGGGCGCUUCCUGACAACCUCGUUCCGGAGCAAUCUUAUUUGUUUGCAGAGAACCUAGAUGCCUACUGUUUAAUGAGCAUCCAUUCUGAUUUGUUUGAGGGUAGGUUAGAUGAUGUUGCAUCAAGGCAAGCCUUAUUCCACCCUUUCCAGUGUUUUCCCCUUCACUUUCCUUCCUGCAGAAAAAAAUCAGAUUCAGAAGCAGUUUUGUUGUGCAGACCAACUACUAAAUUAGCCGGUAUGCAAUUGAAUCCCACUCGAGCAAAUGGCUCCAGGUAUACUUCAAUUAAAUGUAAGGGUUUCCUGGAAUAGGGCUGGGAAAGUCCUCUGCCCAAGUCCUUAAGAGGUACCUUUGGGUCAUGGGGUUAAGCUAGACAUGGCAUUUGGGAGAUCUUCUUCUUCUUCUUCUUCUUCUUCUUCUUCUUCUUCAGUAUUAGUAGCAGUGCAAGGAAAGAAAUCCGAUUGGAACUAAGAUUUUGAGGGUGUUUGACAUCUGGGAGUUUGACACCACAGGUUUCCCCAACCCUGCUGUACAUCUUCUGGAGGUGGUGCCCUUAUUUAGGUUGACGUUUGGUGCUCAAGGAUGGAAAAAGUAUAAUAAUUAGUAUACCAUUAUCUAGGGAUGUGGGUGGCGCUGUGGGUUAAACCACAGAGUCUUGGACUUGCAUAUCAGAAGGUCGGCGGUUCGAAUCCCUGCAAUGGGGUGAGCUCCCGUUGCUCGGUCCCUGCUCCUGCCAACCUAGCAGUUCAAAAGCACGUCAAAGUGCAAGUAGAUAAAUAGGUACCGCUCCGGCAGGAAGGUAAACGGCGUUUCCGUGCACUGCUCUGGUUCGUCAGAAGCGGCUUAGUCAUGCUGGCCACAUGACCCGGAAGCGAGAUGAGCGCCACAACCCCAGAGUCGGUCACGACUGGACCUAAUGGUCAGGGGUCCCUUAACCUAUUAGUAGCAGUGCAAGGAAAGAAAUCCGAUUGGAACUAAGAUUUUGAGGGUGUUUGACAUCUGGAAGUUUGACAUCACAGGUUUCCCCACCCCUGCUGUACAUCUUCUGGAGGUGGUGCCCUUCUUUAGGUUGACGUUUGAUGCUCAAGGACAGGAAAAGUAUAAUAAUUACUACACCGUUAUCUACCUUGUUAUUGGGUUGGAUGGAGAGGGCUGUAAGUACAAAGAGGCACACAUUGAUCCCAGGGCACAGCAUUCCCUCUCAAACCAUUUCCUUGAUCCGACCCAACAUUUGUUGCUCUAAUGGAAACACAGGGGCUCCAAACCGCAUCCGUUUCAUCCACCAGUGUGAUCAGUGGUCAAGGAUGGGAGCUGCUGUCAAGAAGGCCAUAGAUUCCCCACCCCUGAUGUACAGGUUCAGGUUUUGGCGAGUCCUCCAGGGAACGAAUCCCAAGGUUGUGGGGCCACCACAACAACGUUUUGCUUUGCUUGUGCAAAGCUGGUAUGGCACAGAGAUGACGUACUUAAGAGAGUGUCUUCAGUCUUGAAGGCUAUGAUGGGAGGGAAAUGAGUGGCUCAUUAUGGUUCUUUUUAACACUGGCCUCUUUGUUUAUUUUCCCUUCAAGGACAUGGAGCUGCUCAGGUUUUCGCUGACUCUCAUUCAGUCCUGGCUAGGUCCUGUACGGUUCCUAAGCAGGGUCUUCACUAAUAGUCUGGUCUUUGGGACUUCGGACAGAGUGUAUGAAAAACUCCAAGACUUGGAAGAAGGCAUCCAGACUCUUAUGAGGGUAAGCCAUCUGUUCCCAAGGGGCAAAGGGGCAAGCAGCUGCCUUUGAGUGAAGCUACAGUUCUGAUCACCCUACUAACCACGACGACUGUGUGCUAACUCCCAAUAUUGGAGACAAGAUGCCUCUGAACUCCAGUUGCUGAAGAAUGCAAGUUGUGCUCAUGUGAGCUUCUCUUUUGGCCUCACCCAACAAGGCAUUUGGGACGCGGGUGGCGAUGUGGGUUAAACCUCAGAGCCUAGGACUUGCCAAUCAGAAGGUUGGCGGUUCGAAUCCCCGCGACGGGGUGAGCUCCCGUUGCUCAGUCCCUGCUCCUGCCAACCUAGCAGUUCGAAAGCACCUCAAAGUGCAAGUAGAUAAAUAGGUACCGCUCCGGCGGGAAGGUAAAUGGCAUUUCCAUGCGCUGCUCUGGUUUGCCAGAAGCGGCUUAGUCAUGCUGGCCACAUGACCCGGAAGCUGUACGCCGGCUCCCUCGGCCUUUAAAGCGAGAUAAGCGCCACAACCCCAGAGUUGGCCACGACUAGACCUAACAGUCAGGGGUCCCUUUACCUUUACUAACAAGGCAUUUAAAGCUCUCAACUUGCAAUUAAGCCACAUUUGGGGAAAAGCCGGAAACAGUAACUGCUGCUGAGUCCCGCAUUGCUGUUGCUGCAUCUCAACCCAUCCAUUGCAGAACUGCCUUUGCAAGGCCUCUUACUCAAUUUUGCAGCCAGGCUGAGAAGUACCUAUAGCAGGCUUCCUCAACCUCAGCCCUCCAGAUGUCUUGAGACUACAGUUCCCAGCAUCCCUUACCACUGGUCCUGCUAGCUAGGGAUGAUGGGAGUUGUAGGCCAAAAACAUCUGGAGGGCCGAGGUUGAGGAAGCCUGACCUAGAGAUAGGCUUCAGAUGCUUGCCAAUAGACACCUCCCACCUGUCUUCUCCCAUUCCAGGGGCUGCAUGCAAGCCUCUGCCCACCUACAACACAGGGCAGCGGUUGUUGUAAUUAGUCAUGAAGCAAAGGGAUGGGAAAUUUUCAAAAUCUCCCAAGUUUGGGAUUUGGGGCCAUGUUUCCUAAUAAUAAUUAUUUAUUUAUACCCCGCACAUCUGGCUGGGUUUCCCCAGCCACUCUGGGCGGCUCCCAACAGAAUAUUAAAAGCACAAUUAAACAUCAAACAUUAAAAACUUUCCUAAACAGAGCUGCCUUCAGAUGUCUCCCAAAAGACAAAUAGUUGUUUAUUUCCUUGAUAUCUGAUAAGAGGGCGUUCCACAGGGCGGGUGCCACUACCAAGAAGGCCCUCUGCCUGGUUCCCUGUAGCUUCACUUCUCGCAGCGUGGGAAGGUCCUUGGAGCUGGACCUCAGUGUCCGGGCUGAACGAUGGGAGUGGAGACGCUCCUUCAGGUAUUCUGGGCCGAGGCCAUUUAGGGCUUUCAAGGUCCGUCGUAGUACCUUUCCCAUUUGCAAGAGCGUAUUUUCCCACAGGAGCUGGAGGACGGGAGCUCACGGGGCGCCCAGCUGCUCAGACCCACCUACGACAAAUUUGACGUCAACCUCCGGAGCGAAGACGCUCUGCUGAAAAACUACGGCCUUCUGUCCUGCUUCAAGAAGGACCUGCACAAGGUGGAGACCUACCUGAAAGUGAUGAAGUGCCGGCGCUUCGGGGAACUUAACUGCACCAUCUGA